AGAAGACCUCCAAGAUCCCUUCCCUCAGAAGGAGAAAAAAAAAAGAAGUUUUCUCCAAAUUCAGUUUUUACUUUGCUUUGGAUGUCUCCACGAGUCGAGCAGCAGCUGUCUGGAUGGGAAUCCCACCACUUCGAGCCAGCUGGCAUUCAACGCCAAGAUCUGACUCAGAAGUAACCCGUGUGAGUGAGAUGCUGGCCUCAACAGCCCAGAUCUUGACAUCUGCAGAACUUCCAACGUGACUGAAGUGCUUCUCCAGACUUUGGCCAAGUGUUCAGGCAUGCCUUACGUCUGAACAGACAACCAAUCACUCAGGUCUUGCCCUGUUGACCACGGGCAGCCUCCCUUCCCCAGAGGCUCCAAUCGUGGGACACCCAGAGCCAAGCCAAACAGACCUUCAGGUCAAACCAGUCAAACCCAGGUGACUGGGGUGAUGGGGAGAGGGCAAAGUUUGCAUUCAGACAACAUCCUCGACUGGCCUAAAUCAGAGGUUGCACGGAGAGUCCCGAGACAGACACGGUUGCUGCAGAGAUUGGAAACCAGACCUCGUAUGUCCGAAUUCUCAGUGAAAGCCACAAUCAUUUCUCGAUACGCCUUUACCACCGUCUCCUGCACUUUGGUGAACGCCGGCUCGGAGGCUCGGGAAGGAAUCUUUGAGAUGCAAAUACCCAUCACGGCCUUCGUCACGAAUUUUACCAUGAUUAUUGGUGGCAAGAUUUAUUACGGGGAAGUUAUUGGAAAAGACUGGUUGCGUGCAGAUGAAGAAACAUAUUCAAGACCCAGAGAUGACAGCAGAGAAAGCCAAAUGGAGACCUUCAAAGCCUCUGGAUUAAUUCCCCGGAAGAUGGAAGCCACCUUCAUCCUGCAUUAUGAGGAGCUGCUACGGAGACGGUUGGGGAAGUAUCAAUACACGGUCAGCAUCCGACCCCAGCAGCUGGUGGCCAAGUUACGUGUGGAGGUCAACAUCCUCGAGAAUUCGGGAAUUAACUCUUUGGAAGUUCUGCCCCUCCAAAACAACAAAGGCAAGGGAGAAGGCAGCACCAAAGAUCACCCGACUCCACCUCCUUCAACUGUGGUUGGCCAGACAAAGACGUUGGCUAAAGUAACCUUCAAUCCCAACUUUGUUCAACAAGCCGCGAUCAGCAGGAAUGGCAUUCUAGCAGAUUUUAUCAUCCAAUAUGAUGUCAACAGAGAAUUGAGUGUUGGGGAAGUCCAGGUUUUGGAUGGCUACUUUGUGCACUAUUUUGCUCCCCAAGAUCUCCCUCCUCUUCCAAAGAACAUUGUCUUUGUCCUCGACAGAAGCGCAUCCAUGGUGGGCACCAAAAUGAAGCAGGUGAGGAACUUCGUUGCGCAAUGCUCAGGGAUUCCAGAUCCAUGAUUUAAAGGUGGUGAGAUUCUUUGGCCAUAUCUGGGAUUGUAGAUUGGGACUAGUGUAGCCUCACUUUAGACCAAGGGUGUCA